GUCUGCGCCUGCGCACUAACGUCGCUACAGCUGCUCUCAACAAGGCGGCGGAGGAGAAAGAAACGCAGCGAACAAAAACAAUGGCAACGGCGGCGACCACUGCUAGCGGGCCGACCACCGGCCCCGUCGGCGGUAGCGGCGGCGGUGGUGGUGGGACCGCACUAGCCCGCAAAAAAGACGGUGGCCCUUCGGCCAAAUUCUGGGAGAGUUCUGAGACCAUAUCCCAACUGGAGACUGUUCGUCUGUGGAUCGGCAAGCACUACAAGAAGUAUGUCCAGAAUGAUUCGCCCUCCAGCAAAUCCCUGGCCGGCCUGGUGGUGCAACUCCUCCAGUUCCAGGAGGACUCGUUCGGACGCAAAGUUAACAAUCCCGCCCUCACCAAGCUGCCGGCCAAGUGCUUCCUGGACAUGAAAGCAGGGGGCGCUCUCUGCCACAUCCUGGGCUCAGUCUACAAGUUUAAGAGCGAGCAGGGCUGGAGGCGCUUUGAUCUGCAGAGCCCUUCCCGCAUGGACAGGAAUGUGGAGAUGUUUUUGAAUGUGGAGAAGAACUUGGUGCAGAACAACUGCCUGACCCGUCCCACCGUCUUCUUGUCUCCCGACUUGGAGGCCAAGCAAGCCAGCAAGCUCAAAGACGCCAUCAAAAGGCUCCAGGGUUCCAUCACCGAGGACAAGUCCAAGGCCACACACCUCAUUUUCCCCAGUCCGUUGCAGCAGGACGAAGAAGAGUGGCUGCGUCCCGUCAUGAGGAAAGACAAGCAGGUUCUGGUUCACUGGGGUCUCUACCCAGACAGUUACGACACUUGGAUACCAGGCGGUGAGGUGGACGCCGAUGUGGAGGAGCCACCGAGCGCCGAACGACCGUGGAAGGUGCACGCCAGGUGGGUCCUGGACACGGACGCCUUCAACGAGUGGAUGAACGAGGAAGACUACGAGGUGGACGACGGCAAAAAGCCCGUCAGUUUUCGUCAGAAGAUCUAUCUCAAAGAGGAGGAGUCGUCUUCCCGCACGCCCGAUCGCAAGGAGCGCAAGGCCAACGCCGCCGGCAAGAAGAGGAGGCGCUCACCCUCGCCGCCCAGCACGCCCGCCGAGUCCCGCAAGAAGGGCGGCAAGAAGGGGAACCAGGGUCAUUAUUGGAAGCGGCGAGGCCACCGCGGGGAAGAGGACGACACGGAGGACGAUGCCUCCAAAGACCCGGACGACUCGUCUGCUGGCGCUAGUGUCGAAGAGGGAAGCGCUUCCAAAAACUCUCAUUCAAAGAAGGACUCCGAGGGAACGCCACUCAAAGGAGACAACGGAGCAGACUUGGAUGAUAUGGAGGACGACUCUGUGCUGUCUGGCGGAAAGGAGGACGAAGACCAGAACAAAGCCGAAAUCAGCCGCCUGAUGGAUGCGGGCGAGGACAACGUAACGGAGCAGACGCACCAUAUCAUCAUCCCCAGCUACAGCGCCUGGUUUGACUACAACUGCAUCCACGAAAUCGAGAGGAGAGCCCUGCCAGAGUUCUUCAACGGGAAGAACAAGUCCAAAACACCAGAAAUAUACUUGGCCUACCGCAACUUCAUGAUCGACACUUACCGCCUCAACCCUCAAGAGUACCUCACCUCCACCUCCUGCCGCAGGAACCUGACGGGGGACGUGUGCGCCAUCAUGAGGGUCCACGCCUUCUUGGAGCAAUGGGGCUUAGUCAACUACCAGGUGGACUCAGACAGCAGACCUUUGCCCAUGGGCCCCCCGCCCACACCCCACUUUACCGUACUGGCCGACACGCCCUCUGGCCUGAUGCCCCUCAACCACAGACCUCCGCCGAUUCCUCCUCCGCAGCAGAUGCCCAAUUUCUCAGACAAGUUGAAAGACAAAGCCAUCGACCUCCAGAACUUUGGCCUCCGCACAGACCAGUACAAAAAGAACUCAAAGGGUAAAUCUGUGGUGUCCACUCGAGAAUGGACUGAACAGGAGACGCUACUCCUGCUGGAGGCUCUGGAGAUGUACAAAGACGACUGGAACAAAGUGUCGGAGCACGUAGGCUCGCGCACGCAAGACGAGUGCAUCCUGCACUUCCUGCGCCUACCCAUUGAGGAUCCCUACUUGGAGAGCUCGGAGACGUCGCUGGGCCCGCUAGCCUACCAGCCCAUUCCCUUCAGCCAGUCCGGGAACCCCGUCAUGAGCACGGUAGCCUUCCUGGCCUCCGUGGUGGACCCCAGGGUGGCGUCCGCCGCUGCCAGGGCAGCGCUCGAGGAGUUCUCACGCGUGCGUGAAGAAGUCCCCGCCGAACUGGUGGAGGCUCACGUGAAGAAGGUACAAGAGGCGGCCAGGAACACGGGCAAGGUAGACCCCGCCUUUGGACUGGAAAGCAGCGGGAUUGCCGGUACCGCCCCAGAGGAACCCGAAAAAACAGAGGCCACAGAAGGUGACAAGACUGAGACGGACACGGACUCACAACAGGGGGACAAGGCCGAGUCCAAGGACGAGGCGGAGAAGCCCAGCGAGUCCGCCGAUAAAAUCGACAAAAUGGAGCCUCUCGACAAGGUCAAGAAGGAGGCCGGCGAUCCGGCGGAACGAGACGACGAUGAGGGCGAAGAAGGGCACGAACCCAAAGCCACUCCUGCCGAAAAAGACGAAGACGAAGCCAUGGAGACGUCCUCCACCGAACAGGAGAAGGAGAAGGACGAGAAAGCCGCCACGGAGGAAGGAGAGGAGAAGAAGAAGGUGGAGCACGACAUCGGAGAAGGAAAUAUCGCCACGGCGGCCGCCGCCGCCUUAGCAUCCGCUGCCACCAAAGCCAAGCACCUGGCCGCCGUCGAGGAGAGGAAGAUCAAGUCUUUAGUGGCUCUCUUGGUGGAGACGCAGAUGAAGAAGUUGGAGAUCAAGCUAAGGCACUUUGAAGAACUUGAAACCAUCAUGGACCGAGAGAAGGAGGCGUUGGAGCUGCAGCGUCAGCAGCUGUUGACAGAACGCCAGGCAUUCCACAUGGAGCAGCUCAAGUACGCCGAGAUGAAAGCCCGCCAGCAGAUGGAGCAGCAGGCGGCCGCCGCUGCCGCCGCCGCCCAAGCACAAGGUCAGCCCGGACCCCACCCGGGACAGCCGGCUAUGCACCCCAGCGGGCCGCCUCCGCACCACGGAGCUCCGCUGCCUCACCACGGAGGACCCCCGCCCGGCGCCGCCAUGCAUCCGGGUUUCCCCCCGAUGGGUCACCAUCCCAUGGUGCCCCACCACCCGGCUCAAACAGCUCCAAUGGGACCGGGGCAGCCUCUGCCUGGGCGCAUGAUGGCCGGACCCCCUGCCGCCGGACCACCGCCUGGUGGGAUGCCUCCCAUGAUGCCCCCGCGCCAUCCCGGAGCACCCAACGGCAUGUACCCCGGACCUGCACCCGCCCAGCCCGACGUGGUGCCCCCGCUCCCUCCAGCACCCUCUGUUGGCCGCGCAGCAGACAACUGAGAUGCAGAAACAUACUUGCAGCCUCUUUCUAUCAGCCUUUGCUUCUCGUCAAAACUACCACUUAACAAAACAUCUGGUCGGACACACACACACACACACAUACCUACACACUCAGGGCUACGUUUAACGACGGCACACCUAAAAACAUUUCUAAACACUGUUUCCGCUAAGUCUGGCCUGACAGAGGCUGCGGGCAAACACUGUAAAAAGUGUCCACCUCAGAACUUACACUGAAUGUGCGCUUGCGUCGAGGUACGUAUCAAAUUUAUACGAUAGAUAUGCGAGUGAAUGCCAUUUUGAGCCUAACGCGGCGGCCAUUUUGAGCCCGUUUCCCCCUCAAACGACACACAAACAAAACUGAGGAUACCGCGACUGUGACGUCUCGCUAGCACCUAAAUCCCGCCUCCUUCCUACCUACCGCUGCCUACCUCGCUAGCCUCGCCCCCCUCCCGCGUUUCCAACCCUCACGCGUGUAGGUUGAACUAAAAAAGUGAGUUUUGUGCGGUCGACACACUCAAAAUGUUUUGCGCUACCUCUUCUAGAGCCUUCUCUCCUAGAACCUUUAGCGUCCUGCUACCUCUAUGUCCCCGAUUUCUUUUUUUAGGUUAAAACGAACGCCACGUCCGUCGCGGGCUGUUUGUUCCGUCACUGUCGCGUACACCAUCUUUAAAAGGCUACUGUUGGUAUUUUUAGGAGGGUUUUUUUGUUGUUGUUGUUUUGUGUAGUACUUUGUAGCAUUUCCUUUGAUUUUUGUACCCGGUUCGUCGGAGACGCGGACCGACGCGCUGGCCAAUAAAAUGUUUUUCUACAAA